AUGGUCUUUAAAAAUUAUGAAUUAAUGUACAUAUUCAGUAUACUUUUAUUUGACCUUGAUAAGCAGAAAUUAAGCAUGUUUAACAGUGUAAGGCAAGCUAAUGCCCAACAAAUAUUUCCAAUAUUAUCGGGAAAUGCAGAAGAAGAUAAAGUCAAGAUAUCAGCUGAAUGUGGACCUAAAAUGAUCACACUUAAUAUUCAUUUCAACCAGAAAAUGUACCCAGAAGGACAAUUUCACGAAUGGAUUAUUGUUGGUAACACCAUGCGUACAGAAUGCAGGCUAAAAGGUAACGGUGAGCUACGAUAUGUUGUUCAAAUUGCUUUACCUAAUGAUCCUUGCGCUACAAGAAUGAUCUCUGCAGUUUUCCUGGUCUCAUACUUUCAGAAGAUCUUAAUUACGAAUUUGUAUGUGAUUUUUAGUAACUCAUUUAGUAGCUCAUUUAAGAAAUGUAUUUAUGGACUACCUAAGAUAAACGAGUUUCGACUGCCACAACGAAGUGCAACUGCAAGACCAUCAGCAAAAAUACAAACAGCGUUAAUUGAAAACUCUCUCGGAAAUGAAAAGAAUUUAAAGUUGUUAGAAGAAUUUUAUUAA